CUCACCUGCCUUGGUCUUCUUCCUCUUAAGUCUAUGAUUUCUCAUUUUUUUAAAGAAAAUGAAUUGAGAGAAAACAAAUACAAAAAAAAUUGGCCCUUAAAAAAGAAGAGAAAAUAAAGUGAGCCCACAACACAAUAUCUCAUUAGGACACAGAAACAUUACUCUUCUACCAAACAGGUACCCUCACUAACCAGAUCAUCCUCAUUAUUCUCCAUGCUCCCACACUCUGCUCCGUCUAAUCCUAGCCGUUGAUCUCUUCAUCCAUGAACCUUAUGUUCUACAAAUCUAGGGUUUCCACCGUCAGCCACCGCCAUACAACCCUAAUCUCCACCCAUGUCAUCAAAGAUCAACCAUCACCACCACCACCACCGGUUCAACACCCAGAUUUUCCCUCCUCCUUGUCCCCACUUAGCCGAGUUCCGUGCCCGGAACGGCUCCAAGCCCUUCCGGGCCCUCCAAGAUUGUCUCCGGGUGAAACCACCGGGCGGACGGGCAGCUAUACGCCGGGACCCCUCCGAGGUUCCUCGCUGCGGCGCGUGCGGAGAGUCUGCGCGGCCCCGGCUUUACGCUUGCUUGGCAUGCGCGGCUAUCUCUUGCCACGCGCCUCCCGGACCAUCCCACGCGGCUGCGCAUGCCACUUCCAUGCCUCCAGGCCAUGAGAUCGCGGUGGACGUUGAUCGCGCGGAGAUCUUCUGCUGUGCGUGCCGCGAUCAGGUCUACGACCGGGAUUUCGAUGCCGCGGUGGUCUUAUCCCAAACCGCCACACUCAAAUCAGCCACAAUCCAAUCGGCAAAACCCGAAAAUCUCCGUAAAAGACGGAGAGUCGAUUACCGGCCCUGGUCUCCUGAUAUCAGGGACCGUGUGUUGAUGGAGACCGGCUCGAGUCCGCUGGAAAACGGGUCUGAUUUGCCGCGAGGCUUGCGAGGAUUGAAUAACCUGGGAAACACUUGCUUUAUGAACUCGGUGCUUCAGGCAUUGCUUCAUACGCCGCCGUUGAGGAAUUAUUUCUUGAGCGAUCGGCAUAACAGGUACUAUUGUAAGAAGAAGAAUGGCGUUUCCAAUAGUAACGCUGGUGGGAAGAGGAAUGUGGGUACUGCUGAUGGUCAUGGGAACAAGAAUGCGAGGUUGUGUUUGGCUUGUGACAUGGAUGCGAUGUUUUCAGCUGUUUUUUCCGGGGAUCGGAAGCCUUAUAGCCCCGCAAAGUUUUUAUACAGUUGGUGGCAACACGCGUCUAACUUGGCAAGUUACGAACAACAGGAUGCCCAUGAAUUUUUCAUCUCUAUGCUUGAUGGGAUCCAUGAAAAUGUGGAGAAGGAUCGACACAAGCCCCACAGUCAAGGCCAUGGAGACUGUUGUAUUGCACAUAGAGUUUUUUCUGGUAUCUUGCGAUCCGAUGUGAUGUGUAUGACUUGUGGUUUCACAUCCACAACAUACGACCCAUGUGUGGACAUCUCACUGGAUUUAGAACCUCACCAAGGGGGUUCUUCAAAGUCAGUAUCUACAAAGACUCAUCAUUCUUGCAAUGGUGAGGUGGAUGGCAUGAAUCCAGGCCAAAACUGUGGGAUAUCUACUCUUAUGGGGUGUUUGGACCGGUUUACUAGGCCUGAGAGAUUGGGGGCUGACCAAAAAUUCUUUUGCCAACAAUGUCAGGUGAGGCAGGAGUCUCUCAAACAGAUGUCUAUAAGAAAGCUUCCUUUGGUUUCUUGUUUCCACAUCAAAAGAUUUGAGCAUUCUUCGAUUAGGAAAAUGUCAAGGAAGGUUGAUCGUUAUUUGCAAUUCCCUUUUUCAUUGGACAUGACACCUUAUCUUUCUUCUUCCAUCUUGAGAAAUCGAUUUGGCAAUAGGAUUUUCCCAUUCGAUGGAGACGAACCAGAUGCUUCAAAUGAGAUGUCAUCAGAGUUUGAGUUGUUUGCUGUUGUCACGCACACAGGUAAACUUGAUGCUGGUCACUAUGUGACCUAUUUACGCCUAAGUAAUCAAUGGUACAAGUGUGAUGAUGCUUGGGUUACUCAAGUCAAUGAGAAUAUUGUGAGGGCUGCACAAGGCUACAUGAUGUUUUAUGUACAGAAGAUGCUUUAUUACAAAGCAAGUGAGAACCGGGCAGUCUCAUGAUAUAAUGACCAGAAAUGGUGGUUGACUCUGCUGCACUGGGAAAAAGUAAUGAAUGAAGUCAUGGUGGACAAAGUCUACAUCAGUAGAUGUCAUGGCUAAUUUUAUAUGCCAAGGAAACAAAUGUUGGAAAGCUGUUCUGCCAAUCAGCGAAGCUGAAGCAUCACACUUUAUUUGAGUUCUUCAAGUCACGGUUUAUUAUACUUGGAACAUAACGUGAGCCUGAAUUUUUGAGGCACUUCAACAUUUUGGAAAAUUAAUUUUUAUGAAGGUAUGGAUUUUUCUAAAUUGGUUCCUGAUUUAAAAUUUUUCCCUCGAGGGAUUUUUUCCCCGGCUCAUUCAAGUAUUGUUGGUGGGUUGAUUCUUUUUUUCUCAUGGAUCCUCUCAGCAGUUGCAAUGCUUGGGAGUGUAGUUCAACAGUGUACUAAUCUUCCUUAAAUGGCAUAUGAAAAUCUGAUAUGAGUUUAUUUUCUUUUCUUA